AUGAGGAGGGCAAUACCCGGGGCCCGAGACCGCCCACCCACGAGAGGGGUGCGCGCCAGCCAGUCCCCCGCUCCAGCCUUCGGCCCCUGGCCGGGAACUUACCCUCGAGCCCGUCCCAGGUGCUCACCGCGCGCCGCUCCGGCUUCUCCGCGCUCUCCGCGGUCCUCCGCGCUCACGGGUCGGGGGCUCGCAGCCGCUCGGGCCCGCAGCCGCUCGCCCCCGCAGCGCUGCCUGAUCAGGGUCGGCGCCGGCUCCGCGCCCGCGCCCGCGCCCCGCGCCAGCCGCACGCGAACUUUCCGGCGGCGGCGACGCUGGGCGGCGGCGGAGGGGGAGGGAGGGGGCGGGGGCAGCCUCGGCCCGCAGGUGGAGCGGCGGCCGAGGGUCCCCGCCUGCCGCUCCGAGCCCCUGCCCGCGCCUCCGCCCUCCUGCCGCGGCCGCGGGGAGCGACUCGCCGCCCCGGAGCCCCUGCCCGACAGACCCCUCCCUGCGCGCCGGUGCCGGCACCUGCCUCGCGGACUCCUAUCCUGCGGGACUCUCCCCGAGGACGCUGCCCCGCAGACCUCCUCACCCAGAGCUCACUGGGGAGACCCCCUCCCGGGGAACCCCGGCCGGCCGAUUGCAGCUCCCAGCCGGGAAAGGAGCGGUGGACGGACAGCACCGUCUAGAAACACCAAGAAACUCUAUCAAGAAGGAAAUGUAAUCAUAGCCCCAGGUCACCCACCGACCCUACACCAGCAAAAUUUCCACAAUUAAGGUACGAAUACAGAAGGUCAUGAUGCCUCUGGAUUGAGGUGGGGGAAGGGGGCGCGAGGGCCCUGGUUGGGGUGCUGGGAAGUUGGGAUAAUGCUGUACAGAGCAAAUCAAGAUCGAUCCAAACUAUCCAUUGAGCAUCUACUGUGUCUUGGAUGCUGGGAGACGGAGGGAAGCUGACAUCUUAGGAGAGGGAGGCGGACGAUACACAACCCAGCAGAUCUGCGUGUUCCUGCUGUGACGUCAGGUUCUGAUAAAGAAAAUACGGCAGAUGGGGAGAUAGAGUGAAGAAUGUGGUUACUGUACAUAUUUUCUUCUUAAAGUCCUGGAUGUUCCCAGGCCUUGCCUACCCCUCCCCCUAAAAUUCCCACUGCUCCAAACUGGGUGUUUCUCCCUUAGUUUUCCAUACUGCUGUUGCACAAAUAUAGAAAUGAUGCAUGAUAUCUGUGGCAGGUUUUUUUUUUUUCUUGUUGUUGUUGUUGAAGUAUUGUUGAUUUACAGUUCCAUGGCCUGUUCUUAAAACACCAGGUCUGAUAUAUCUGUUUUUUUGCUCAGCAAUAUGCUUUUGGGCUGCAUUCGUGCUGACCUGGGUUGGGGAGUGAGUAUUUAGUUAUUAUUUGAGGGGAUCACAAUGGAGUUCUUUACUUAAACCCCCUAGACAUGUAAACACCUAGGAAAAACUCAACUCUCCCAUUUUUGGUCUAAAAUAUUAAAAAUAGGGACUUCCCUGAUGGUCCAGUGGCUAAGACUCCGUCCUCCAAUGCAGAGUCCAGGUUUGAUCCCUGAUCAGGGAAUUAGAUCCCACAUGCUGCAGCUAAGCAUUUGUAUGCCACAAGUAAAGAUCUAACGUGCUGCGAUGAAGAUCAAAGAUCCUGAGUGCUGCAAUUAAGACCCAGCGUGGCCAAAAAUAAAUACAUUUUUAAAAAACAUUGAGGGUGGGCUACAAAAGUGUACUAUAAAAUACACAUAGGACUUUUUUGUUGCCCUCAAAUUCCUUCAUGACCCCCUGCAGUCCAUCCUCACCCUCCAGGCCCCUGGCCAUCACUGACCUGAUUUCUGGGCCUAAGGGUCUGCCUUUCCAAGAAUACAUAUAAAUGGGAUAUAUAGUCUUUCGUGUCUGGCUUCUCAUAUAUGGCAAAGUUUUUGAGAUCCACCAGUGGUACAGCCUGUAAUAGUGGUUACUUCUGCUUGUUGCUGAGUCCUGUUCCACCAGAUGGAUGGCCUGAGGUUUUGGUUAUCCAUUCUGUUGGUGGACAUGGACAUUUGGGUCGUUCCCAGUUUGUGUGUGUGUGUGUGUUCGUUGAACUACAUGGCAUGAAGGAUCUUAGUUUCCUGGGACUGAACCCACGCCCCUUGCACUGGAAGCGCAGAGCCUUAACCAUUGAAUCACCAUGGACGUCUCAAGUUGUUCUCAGAUUUUGGCGUUGUGAAUUCGUCUCCUCUAAACGGUUGUGUGCAGAUCUUUAUGUGGACACAUGUUUUCAUUUCUCCGGAGGAAAUACCUCGGGGUGGGAUUGUGGUUCCCAGGCCCAUGUCUGACUUUAUAAGAAACCUCCAAGCUCUUGUCCUGAGCAGCUUCACUGUCCUGCAUCUCCAAUGGCCUUUAGGGAGAGCUGCCAUCGCCCCAAAUCCUUCUAGGCCCUCAAGCUCCUCAGGGUUUUUGAAUUGUCGAUUCUGAUUUUUUAACCAUUCUACUUCCAGUAUGUUCCAAUGCAAGUCCUUCACCAGAUGCAUGUCUUGUAAAUAUUUUCUCCUGUUCAAUGACUUGCUCUCCUACUUUCUUAUUUGUUCUUCAGAGAGCAGACGUUUUUUAAUUUUGAUGAAAUCCAAAUAUCAUAUUUUUGUUUCAGGACUUGUGCUUUUUGUGCCCCAUCUGAGACAUCUUUGCCUAAUCCAAGGUGGCUAAGACUUUCUCCCGUGUUUUCUCUUUAAGAUUUGUCGUUUCAGCUUUUACACAUUGAUCUAUGAUUUAUGGUAAGCUGUCCUGGCAUGUGGUACAACAUGAGUUUGUUUGUUUGGCAAAUGCACCCAGUUGCUCCAGCUCCAUUUACUGAAAAGACUGUUUUUCCUCACUGAGUUGCCUCAGCACCUUUGUAAAAGAAUCUCUUGACCAUCACUGUGGGUCUUUUUCUGAACUCUCUUCUCUUUCAUUGUUCUCUAUGUCCAUCUUUAUGUCAAGACUGCGCUCUCUUGGUUACUGUAGCUUUGUAGCAUGUCUUGAAAUUGGGUACUGUGACUUCUCCAGCUUUAUUCAACUCUUUCAAAGAUGUUUUUGUACUAUACAUUCAUUGCAUUUUCAUUUGAAUAUUAAAAUCAGGUUGUCAAUUGCUACCAAAAAAGCCUACUAAGAUUUUGAUUGAGAUUCAGUUGAAUCUAUACGUUAAGUUGGGGAGAAAAGACAUCUUAACAUUGAAUCUUCCCAGCCACAAACAAGAUGCAUCUCUUCAUUUAUUCGGGUCUUUUUUAAUUUCUCUCAGCAAUGUUUGAUCAUUGUACACAGGUCAUACAGAUUUUUGGUUGUUGUUAGGGAGAGUAUUUCAUGAUUUUUGAUGCUAUCGUGAAGGGUAAUUUUGUGAAAUUUCUGUUUCCAGUUGCUUAUUGCUACUGUAUAGAAAUGCAACUGAUGUUUUCGCCUGUUAAUUUUGUAUCCUGUGACCUUGCUAAACUCAUUUAUUAGUUCUACUUGUGUGUGUGGAUUCCUUGGGUUUUUCUAUGGAGGUGACCGUGCAGUCUGUAAGAAAGGAUGUUUUCUUCCUUUACAAUCUGUAUACCUGGUUAUUUAUUUUUUGGUAACUUAUUGUACAGGCUGUGACCUGUAGGACAACAUUGAGCAAAAGUGAUCAGAGCUCAUAUCCCUGCUUUAUUCCCAAUUGUUGGGAGAAAAGCAUUCAGUUUUCCACCAGCAAGUAUGAUGUUAUUUAUAGGUUUUACAGAGUUGCCCUUUGUCAAUUUGAGAAUGUUUCCAUUCAUUCCUAGUUUGCUGAGAGAUUUUUUUUUUAAUCAUGAAUGAAUAUUGAAUUUUAUCAGAUGUCUUUGCUUUUUGUGAGAUUUGUCUUUCUCUAUUGUUGUACUGAAUAACACUGAUCUUCAAACGUUUACUAACCUUGCAUUCCUGGGAUGCAUUUCAUUUGGUCAUGAAAUAUUCUCCUUUUUAUGUACUUCUGGGUUAGAUUUGCUGACAUUUUAUGAAGAGCUUUUGCAUCUGUGUUUGUUAAGGAUUUUAGUGUGUAAUUUUAUUUUCUUAUAAUAAGAAAAUUGUCUGGCUUUGGUAUCGCGAUGAUACUGGCCUCAUAAAAUGAGCUGCUAAGUACGCCUCCCUCUUCUGUUUUCUGGAAGUCUGUAUAGAAUUGGUAUUAUUACUUCCUUGAAGUGAAGUGAAGUCGCUCAGUCGUGUCCGACUCUUUGAGACCCCUUGGACUGCAGCCCACCAGACUCCUCUCUCCAUGGGAUUCUCCAGGCA